AUGCAAAUUUGCGGCGGCAAAGCGAGAGGCAAAAAUUAUGGCGCGAUUUCAUGCGAAUCAUGCAAAACAUCAUUUCGUAGAAAUGCCCACAAAUUCGAGACAUUGAUCUGUAUUUAUGAUAACAACUGUACGAUAGAUGUGUUGAGUCGUAAGUAUUGCCGCAAAUGUCGUCUCCGGAAGUGUUUUGCGGUCGGAAUGAGAAGAGAGAGGAUAUGGACUGAAGAGGAAAGUAGUUUGAGAUCAAGUCUUAUACAGGAAAACAAAUUGAAGAGAAAAAUGACAUCAAAAGUACAUAAUGUGGUCAAUUCAAACGUUCGUGAGAUUAUGUACAAUAUG